GGCGGGGUUUGUUCCGUGCACGUCGCUCGGGGCCGCGCAUCAGCCGCUGAGCCCAGGACGCGCGCACUCUGCUGCUCGUUCUUUGUCCUCCAUUGCAGCUCUGGUGUUCGCAGCUCCGCCGCACAGCGCAGGCCCGAAGUAGCGCAGCCGCUCUGAGUGUGUUUGAGAGAAACUGUAUCGGGUGAUGGAAGACCACACGGUGCAUCAGACGGGGCACAUGACCACUAUCGAGGCCCACGCUGUCGCUCAGCAGGUCGGGCAGGUGCACGUUGCCUCGUACACGGAGCAUGGCAUGCUGAGCGCUGAUGAGGAUUCACCCUCCUCGCCUGAUGAUGAUGCUUACGAUGACUCCGAUAUCCUCAACUCAACUGGAACCGAUGAGGUCACCGCACAUCUGGCUGCUGCUGGGCCUGUUGGCAUGGCAGCAGCUGCAGCUGUGGCAACAGGGAAGAAACGGAAACGGCCGCACAUCUUUGAAUCAAACCCUUCAAUCCGUAAAAGACAACAAACUCGCUUGCUUAGGAAGCUGAGAGCGACUCUGGACGAGUACACGACACGGGUUGGCCAGCAGGCUAUUGUGUUGUGCAUCUCUCCCUCUAAACCAAACCCUGUGUUUAGAGUGUUUGGAGCGGCACCAUUAGAGAAUGUGGUGAGAAAAUACAAGAGUAUGAUUCUGGAGGAUCUGGAAAAUGCUCUGGCUGAACACGCGCCCCCUGGUGGCGGAGAACUCACCUCUGAAUUGCCUCCACUGACUAUUGAUGGCAUACCGGUGUCUGUGGACAAGAUGACACAGGCCCAGCUCCGAGCAUUCAUUCCAGAAAUGCUGAAGUAUUCCACAGGCCGUGGGAAGCCUGGCUGGGGGAAAGAGAGCUGCAAGCCCAUCUGGUGGCCAGAGGACAUUCCCUGGGCCAACGUACGCAGUGAUGUCCGAACAGAGGAGCAGAAACAGAGGGUGUCAUGGACGCAAGCCCUGAGGACUAUUGUUAAAAACUGUUAUAAGCAGCAUGGGAGAGAGGACCUGCUCUACGCCUUUGAGGACCAGAUCACCACACAACAAGUUGCCACAACAACCACUCACAGCAUUGCGCACCUGGUGCCGUCCCAGACCGUAGUGCAGACGAUCAGUAAUCCUGAUGGAACGGUCUCGCUCAUACAGGUUGGCACAGGAGCCACUGUAGCAACACUGGCAGAUGCAUCAGAAUUGCCAGGCACGGUGACGGUGGCCCAGGUGAAUUACUCCACAGUGACAGAUGGAGAGGUGGAACAGAAUUGGGCCACACUACAGGGAGGUGAGAUGACCAUCCAGACCACGCAACCGUCAGAGGCCACGCAGGCUGUGGCCUCCUUAGCCGAAGCUGCGGUUGCUGCCUCGCAGGAGAUGCAGCAGGGGGCAACUGUUACCAUGGCACUCAACAGUGAAGCAGCAGCUCACGCAGUGGCGACAUUAGCAGAAGCAACUCUUCAGGGUGGAGGACAGAUCUUGUUAUCAGGAGAAACGGCGGCUGCAGUGGGAGCUUUAACUGGUGUUUCGGAUGGCAGUGGUCUCGUCCAGAUUCCAGUCAGCAUGUAUCAGACUGUGGUCACCAGUUUGGCUCAGGGAAAUCGACCCGUUCAGGUGGCCAUGGCUCCCGUAGCCACGCGCAUAGACAACACCGUAACGCUUGACGGACAGGCGGUGGAAGUGGUGACCCUAGAACAGUGACAUACUCUACCCCUGCAGGUGUGUGGGACAGGACAUUCGGCGCCUAUGUGAAGUAGCUGCUGGAAUAUAGUGUAAAAAUAAUAUUUGAACCUGUUCACGUGUCUGCAGGGGGUAGGAACGUUUAUUCCUGUCUUUUUUUUUCUUUCCCUUUGUAUUUUUUUUCUUAGUGUUGUUCAAUUAUUAUUUUUUUUUUUUUAGCUGAUGUUUGAUAAAUAUAUUGCAGACAGAGGAUACUUAGGAAUUACAGGCUAAUUGUUUCUCUACAAUUACAAGUAAGAAUACGAAAUCAACCACAUUUUCAGCCUUCAAAAACUGGCAUAAUUUGUUAAUUUCUUCCCAUACAAGGUUUGUGUUGGUCACUUGAUAUUUCCUAAUUUUUUUUUUAUCUUUCUUUGUGUGUCUAUAUAUAGUGAACCAUCUUGUGCCAUAUUUGACUUAUUUCAUUAAUAUAUUAUGUGUAAAUUGCAUUAUGAUUAUAGUGUUAGAUCCCAUUGACUACUGAGAUGACAUGCAUGUUUUUUUUUUGUUUUUGUUUUUGUCAAUCUGUAUAAUGUAGAAUUCUUUGUAUGUAUUUCACAUUAACUCCCAUUGUAAAAAAAAAAAAAAUGUAUGACCUUGAAUGAUUUUGUGGUAUAUUGAAUGAGACCACCAUAUCCUGUCGGUACAGAAUAGUUAUGAAAUUUGAGCACUGUCACUCAGUGCUAUCUAUAGACUUUCACUGAAUUGUACUAGUAAUCGAUAAUUAUAAAUGUCGACGACUUACCAGUGACGAGGCUGAAGAUGUAGCACUCCAUAUCGUUCAACUUUUAUACUUCAGAACAUGAACAGAACUACAUACUUGUGGUAUAUUAGCAUUUUGGGAACUGAUUCUGUUGUGAAACUGCUGGGGAAAAUGUUUUAUUUAUUUUUUAUUUAUUUUUCUAAAUGUUUUUUGUUUCGAUGUGCGCUCAUCUUUAGAACGACACACAAUCACACAUUGAAAGAUUAAGGUAUGAUAGAGAAUGCAUUCUAAUGUAAUUGCAUAUAUUGCAAAGUGAAAGAACCAUAAUUUCAUAUCUUUCUUUAUCUCUCAAGCUCUUCUUUUAUUGUUUCUACAAUGCAAAUUUGUGUGGCAAAUAUGGAUGUUUUGUUACUGUUUAGCACCUCUUCCACCCAUAACCCAUCAAGUUUUCUGCUCCUGGUUUGAUUGAAUUUUUAUAUGACUGAAACCUCACAAAACAAGAUCCUUUUUAUGUAAAUUUUGUAAAAUAUAUGGUCUGAUGAAACUGAACUCUCCCAUGUUGCCAGUGAAAGAAUGAUGGUGACAUCGGGAGAGUUUAUCUUUCCCUUUUUAUCCAGUCUUGGAAAUAAAAAUGGCCACUAUUCAGAA